ACUACCACAAACAUAAUCACAUCUACAUCUACAGGGUCAUAUAUUCUACUCGAUCACUGUGCAGAAAUGAGAGAAAAAUGUGCCCGCUUGCAUGUGUGCGUCUAACCAGCAGAUGUCAGCAGUGACCUGCAUGUGGAGCCUGAACCGCCGGACCGGAUCAGAUCGCAGCGGCCGCUGCAGGCAGCUGUGCCGUGAGAAGAGCAGAGACCUGACCUUCUCUUCAAGUUGUUUAAGUUUAAAGACAACCAAGUUUUGAGUGAGUGACCUCUGACCCUUGGGCGUCCAAUACAUAUGUGAAGUUUUUUUUUUUUUACCGCUAAUACUUAAUUGAUUGAGGAUGCAGGAUUGUGUUCAGGUGUCCUUAAAUGUGGGGAAACUUUUACUCCAGUAAGAAUCUGAGCAUUAUUUGACUUAUGAAGUAAUGAUUAUAUUAAUAUAAGACGAUCAACGUUAAAUGAAUGUCAUGGUUUCACUGUUUCAUAGGCUCUAAUGAAUAUAAAAAUACAUAUUCUUAGUGGUCCGAUCUGAUCCAGUUCAUACAUUUGCCAACCUCAGAGCCAUGUUGUGUUGAUAUGUCUGAGGGGUGUGAAUGAAAUACACAUUAAUGAGUGUGUACUAAAACGUUAACACAACAUACACUUAAAUUUUAUUGAAGACACAGCAGUGGCAAAAACCACUCCGAGGCAUGUUCUGGUUCCUCUGUCAGUCCUCUGAGGAUAUCAGUCAUCCACAAUUACACUGAAUGAACGUCUCUUUUUGUUGCUCUGUUUUUCUUCAUGCUCUUUCUGCGUCUGUGGGAGCUGUUCGGUUGUGCAGCAGAUGAUCACUUUUCAGAUCCACCACUGGCACCCACAGUGACUUUAAAUAUUCUAUGAACUGGGAGUGUCCUGCAACUUACCGUCUUAAUUUAUGCUUAUGCAGGGGAGUUUUUUCACAGCAGGCGCAACAGAGAGCAUGGGUGAAAGGGGGGAAAUAGCAAUGUGGAAAGUUGCUCAGCAUCCUUUAAGGUUUCACUGAAGCCUUUUAUAAUUGGUUUGAUUUACCUGCUGUGUGUUUUUUACCUGCUGUGUGGAAGUGUCAUGCCCCACACCCCGCUACUCUCUUUCUCUCUCCUCCUCUCUAUCUGCAGUGCAUUUCUGUGCGCAAAUGUCUACGCACGUUUCAUGGCUCCGAAAGACAAAGAAAAACAGUCAUUAGUCUCUGGUGUAGCUCCACGUCGCUGUGAUUAAUGCCCAAACUCAGAGGAAAAGACAUUAAUACAUAUUAGAGUCCUCGCAGCAGCCUGGGCGGCUUUUUGUAGAUCCAUAUUGCGCAAAGAAACGCGGUCAUCAGGGGCGCACAGGUGGGUGCGCUCUCCAAGGUGCCAACAGAUCUGUCUGCGCAGCUCCACCGAUCACACAAACUGGCAGUUUGGACACAACUGGACCAAAAUCCACUGCUCAGCUCACAUCGACCCGCGGCUUUUGCUGUGACCCAUCGUUCUGCGGUGUUUGAUUAGUGUAGGGAGGAUGGAUUUGUAUGCACAGUAGUCUUGGGAGGAGAGGAGGGGACAUGGGCGGGGCUGAGGCGCCUCUCAUUUCCCUUCCAUGCUUUGCGGGGCAGCAGGGCUGGAGAGACCUCCGGGGAGCACAGUCGCCAGUCCAGCACGGAGACCAGCCUGGCCAAAAAACCGCGCCUCACACUUGCCAGGAUUGCCAAAUAUUCCUGAAAAAUAUACCUGCUAUUUAUGGCAUGUGGCUUGUAACUUUACUCCUGCUGUACUCUCUCCAAGAAGUACACAGUGAGGAUGUGGGCUCUACCAGGCUGUACUUUGUGAAUGCCUCCCUGCAGAGGGUAACCUACUCCAGCUCGGUGGGGGUGUCCCUGCCCUGUCCAGCAGGGGGCACCCCCAGUGCCAUACUGCGCUGGUACCUGGCCACCGGCGAUGACAUCUACGACGUGCCCCACAUCCGACACGUGCACGCUAAUGGCACCCUACAACUGUACCCCUUCUCGCCCUCCGCCUACAACAGCUACAUCCACGACAACGACUACUUCUGCACUGCUGAAAACCAAGCUGGCAAGAUCCGCAGCCCCAACAUCCGCAUCAAAGCUGUUUUCAGGGAGCCCUACACCGUGCGGGUGGCGGACCAGCGCUCGAUGCGGGGCAACGUAGCUGUGUUCAAGUGCCUCAUCCCUGCUGCCGUGCAGGAGUACGUCAGUGUCGUAUCCUGGGAGAGAGACACCGUUUCCAUCGUCCCAGGUAACAGGUUCUCACUGACCUCCUUCGGGGCUCUUUACAUCUCUGAUGUUCAGAAGGAGGACGCCCUCUCCACAUACCGGUGCAUCACCAAACAUAAGUACAGCGGCGAGACGCGCCAAAGCAAUGGAGCCAGGCUCUCUGUAAUGGACCCCAACGAGUCCUCACCCACCAUCCUGGACAGUUUCCAAGCAGGGGAGGUAUACGCAGGCCAGAGCGUCGAGCUCCCCUGCAUAGCGGGAGGUUACCCCAGCCCCACCGUGCGCUGGCUGAAAGAUGGUCGCCCGCUGCCCUCAGAUGCCCGCUGGACACGGCGUUUGACAGGGUUGACCAUCAGUGACCUAAGGCAAGAGGACAGUGGCAGCUACGCAUGCGAGGUCACCAACAGUUUUGGCUCAAAGGAGGUGUCUGGACAGCUUCACGUUAUAGAUCCACUACGAGUGACCUUGUCCCCUAAGAAUCUGAAAACUGGCAUCAGCAGCACACUUUUCUUCACCUGCACUGUGGAGGGCUCUCCAGAAUACACUAUCACCUGGUUCAGCAACACGGAGCCCAUCGUCCCCGACCAGCACAUCUCCAUCCAGGGACAACACAACGACACCCUGCAGAUCACUGCAGCACAGAAGUUCCACUCUGGGGCCUACCAGUGCUUCGCCUCCCGAAAGGGCCACACUGCUCAGGACUUUUCCAUUAUUCUGCUAGAGGAUGGUACUCCUCGUAUUGUGUCUUCCUUCAGUGAGCGGGUGGUGAACCCCGGCGAGCCUUUCUCCCUCAUGUGUGCAGCCAAAGGAGCCCCGCCCCCCUCCAUCACCUGGACGCUGGACGACGAGCCUGUGGUGCGAGACUCCACCUACAAGACCAGCCAGUACACCCUGUCAGACGGCCUGACCGUGUCGCACGUCAACGUCAGCAGCCCGCUCAUUCGAGAUGGGGGAGUGUAUCGUUGCGUCGCACGCAACUCGGCCGGUAGCGCCGAGUACCAAGCGCGCAUAAACGUAAGAGGUCCACCCCGAAUCAGACCCAUGCGGGACAUCACCGCAGUGGCGGGCAGAAACACCUACAUAACGUGCCGUGUGAUUGGCUACCCGUAUUACUCCAUCAAGUGGCUGAAGGACGGCAUGCAGCUGCCUGAUAAUCAUCGUCAAGUGGUGUUUGAGAACGGCACCCUGAGGCUGACGGACGUGCAGAAGGGCGCGGACGAGGGCACCUACUUGUGUAGCGUUCUGAUCCAACCCCAGGUGUCAAUCAACCAGACCGUCCACGUCACUGUCAAAGUGCCACCCCUCAUCCAGCCAUUCGAUAUCCCCUCUACCUCAGUGGGGAAGCUCAUGUACAUCGCCUGUGUGGUGUCAUCUGGGGACAUGCCCAUACGCAUCACCUGGCACAAAGACGGCCAGCUCAUCGUGCCAGGCUCCGCCUCUGGCGUCGCAAUAGAGACCAAAGAGUUCAUGAGCUCCCUGCAAAUCUCCAAGGUGACACUGAAGCACAACGGAAACUACACCUGCAUCGCCAGCAACGCCGCCGCCACUGUCAGCUGGGAAAGACAGUUGAUUGUUACUGUGCCACCACGUUUUGUGGUGCAGCCCAACAAUCAGGAUUGUAUCUAUGGCAAAGCUGGAGUUCUCAACUGCUCUGUGGAGGGUUACCCACCUCCAAAAGUCAUGUGGAAACACGCCAAAGGUGUAGGGAACCCUCAGCAGUACCACCCAGUCCCUCUAACUGGCCGUAUACAGAUUAUGUCAAACGGCUCUCUGCUCAUCAGACAUGUGCUUGAGGACGACCGAGGGUACUACCUCUGUCAGGCCUCCAACGGAGUGGGCUCAGACAUCAGUAAGAGCAUGAUCCUCACUGUCAAGAUUCCUGCCAUGAUCACCAGCCACCCCAACACCACCAUGGCGAGGAAGGGCCAGACCAAGGAGCUGAACUGCACAGCGCGGGGCGAGCAGCCCAUCAUCAUCCGAUGGGAGAGAGGCGACACCGUCAUCGACGCAGAGAGAAACCCCCGAUACUCCAUCACCAUCAACAAGAAGGGAGACGAAGUCAUCUCUACCCUUAAGCUGAACCCAGCCGAGCGAGGAGAUUCUGUCUUCUUCUCCUGCCACGCCAUCAACUCCUAUGGAGAGGGUCGAGGGCUCAUCCAACUCACUGUGCAAGAACCACCAGAUCCCCCUGAACUGGAAGUGAGGGAGGUGAAGGACAGGAGCAUGAACCUCCGCUGGAUCCAAAGGUUUGAUGGAAACAGCAUCAUCACCAGCUAUGACAUCGAGUACAAGAACAAGUCAGACUCUUGGGAUCAUAUGUACACAACCAGGAACAUCUCACCCACCAACAACCAGGCCAACAUUGUAGAGCUGCACCCAGCCUGUGUUUACAGUAUUCGCAUGUACUCCUACAACAAGAUUGGCCGCAGCCUUCCCAGCAAAGAGCUCACAAUCAGUACUGAGGAAGCACCACCUGACGGGCCACCUAUGGAAGUAAUCCUCCAACCGAUGACAUCUCAGAGCAUACGAGUUACAUGGAGGGCUCCUAAAAAAGAGCUGCAGAACGGGGUUAUCCGAGGCUACCAGAUCGGUUACAGAGAAAACGGUCCAGGCAGCAACGGCCAGUACAGCAUAGUGGAGAUGAAAGCUACAGGGGACAGUGAAGUGUACACCUUGGACAACCUAAAGAAGUUUGCCCAGUACGGGGUAGUGGUCCAGGCCUUCAACAGAGCUGGGACGGGUCCAUCCAGUACUGAGAUCAAUGCUACCACACUGGAAGAUGUGCCCAGUGAGCCUCCGCAGAACGUGCGAGCCAUCUCCGUGACGUCGGACGAGGCGGUGAUCACAUGGGCAGAGCCUCCACGGCUGACGCUGCACGGUGUGCUGAAAGGCUACCGGGUUGUGUUUUGGUCCCUCUUCCCUGACGGAGAAUGGGGAGAGAUGCAGAAUAUCACCACCACACGUGAACAGGUGGAGCUGCGAGGGCUCGAGAAGUUUACCAACUACAGUGUUCAGGUGCUGGCCUACACACAAGCUGGAGAUGGGGUCCGCAGCAACGUCCUGUAUAUCCAAACCCGCGAAGACCUUCCUGGGCCACCAGCUGGCAUCAAGGCAGUUCCCUCCUCUCCGAGUAGUGUGGUUGUGUCCUGGUUGCCACCUCACAAACCAAAUGGUGUUAUCCGCAAGUACACCAUCUACUGUUCCAGUCCAGGGUCUGGACAGCCGGCACCCAGUGAGUACGAGGCCAACCCGGAGAUGCUCUUCUACCGUAUCACGCACCUUUCCCGCGGUAAACAAUACCACAUCUGGGCAGCAGCGGUGACAACUGCGGGUCGAGGCAACAUCAGCUCAAAGGUCACAGUGGAGCCUGCUGGGAAAGUCCCGGCUAAGAUCCUGUCCUUUGGGGGCACGGUGACCACACCCUGGAUGAAGGAAGUGCGUCUACCCUGCAGCUCAGUGGGAGAACCCGCCCCCACAAUUAAAUGGACCAAAGACAGCGAGGACUCUGCCAUUCCAGUGACAGCUGACAGCCAGCGGCAGAUCUUAUCCAACGGCACACUGGUGCUACGUUCAGUCAAAGCAGAGGAUUCUGGGUACUACACCUGCACGGCCACUAACACUCUGGGCUUUGACACCAUCAUCGUCAAUCUGGUGGUGCAAGUUCCUCCUGAUCAGCCUCGUCUGACCGUCUCCACUACCUCCACCUCCUCCAUCACCCUGGCUUGGAUCCCUGGUGACAAUGGAGGAAGUUCCAUCAGAGGAUUUGUGCUGCAGUAUUCAGUGGACAACACAGAGGAGUGGAGGGACGUGUUCAUCAGCUCCAGUGAACGAUCCUUCAGGUUGGACAAUCUGCGUUGUGGAACCUGGUACAAGGUCAAGUUGGCCGCCAAGAACAGUGUGGGCUCAGGGCGCAUCAGUGAGAUCAUUGAGGCUAAGACACACGGAAGAGAACCAGUGUUCAAUAAGGAUCAGCCGCUGCUCACGCACAUCAACUCCACUCACGCAGGGCUCAACCUGCAGGGCUGGACCAGCGGUGGCUGCCCCAUCACUGACAUGAUGCUGGACUUUAGGCCCAAAGGUACCUGGGCCUGGCAGAGCCUCAAGGCCAACUCUACCACACAACUCUUCCUCAGCGAGCUGCGAGAGGCCACCUGGUACGAGCUCAAAAUGAAGGCCUGCAACAGCGCUGGAUGCGGGAACCAGAGCUCCCAGUUUGCCACCACUGACUAUGACGGCAGUACAAUCCCUCCCAUUAAAUCAGCUCGUGGAGAGGGGGAUGAUGUGAAAAAACUGUUCUCCAUUGGCUCUCCCGUCAUCCUGGUUACUCUGGGUGUUGCUUUGCUCUUCAUUAUCCGCAAGAAGCGCAAGGAGAAGAGGCUUAAACGGCUUAGAGAUGCUAAGAGCCUUGCUGAGAUGCUUAUCAGCAAGAACAAUCGCAGUAUAGACACUCCAGUGAAGGGCCCUCCUCAAGGACCAAGGCUCCACAUUGACAUCCCACGUGUUCAGCUACUCAUUGAGGACAAGGAAGGCAUCAAACAAAUAGGGGAGGACAAGGCAGCGGUGCCAGUGACAGACACUGAGUUCAGUCAAUCAGUAAAUCCACAGAACUUCUGUACAGGCGUGUCUCUGCACCACCAAGCCCUUAUCCAGAAUUCAGGGCCUUUAAUUGACAUGUCAGACAUCCGCCCAGGCACAAAUCCCGUGUCCAGGAAGAGUAUAAAAUCAGCCCACAGCUCCAGGAACAGAUAUUCCAGCCAGUGGACGCUGAGCCGGCCGAGUCAGAGCCAGUCGACGGCCUCGGCAAGAACUCUGACCUCGGACUGGCGGACGAUGGGCUCUCAUGGCAUCACCGCCACUGAGAGUGACAGCUACAGUGCCAGCCUCUCGCAAGACACAGAUAAGGGUCGGAACAGCAUGGUGUCGACUGAGAGCGCCUCCUCCACUUACGAGGAGCUGGCGAGGGCCUACGAGCACGCCAAGCUGGAGGAGCACCUGCAGCACGCCAAGUUCACCAUUACAGAGUGUUUCAUCUCCGACAGCUCGUCUGACCAGAUGACCACAGGUACCAAUGACCCGGCGGACAGCAUGACAUCCCUCAGCACGCCGUCUGAACCAGGCAUCUGCCGCUUUACUGCCUCACCACCCAAACCGCAGGACUAUGACCGCGGUAAAAAUGUGGCUGUGCCCAUUCCCCACCGCGCUAACAAAAGUGAAUUCUGCAACCUACCCCUCUACAUGAAGACAGACCCAUUCUUCCGCAAGCAAGGGGAGCUGCAUGACCCGUGCCCAGCUGUGCCACCGCGGGAAGCCUCAAUCCGCAGCCUGACGCAGCGGGCGUAUCACACCCAGGGCCGUCACAAGACUCUAGACCCUGCCAAGCAGCAGGCCCUGACGCUGGGCCACUCUGGGCUGGGCAGCUUGGGUGCGAGCUCGGGCACCGCCACCUUGCCCCAAAGGACUCUCACCAUGCCCAGCUCCAACGCUGCAGCAACAGCUUCCACAUCCAGCACGAGCAGCAACCCCACCAACAGUAACAAGGUGGGGGGCUCCAGAGACUCGCUGCUUGAGAGCAGCUCCUCUGCACUCGGGAGACUGCAGAAACAGAGUGUGGGGGCCUACUCCAAGUCGUACACACUGGUGUAGUCCAUUCUCUUGCACAGACUUGCAUUGCUGUCCCACUCCUCAGCCAGCCCCACUCUGGUACUCUUCAGUCUGGGCCAGAAAGGGCAUGCAACCAUCUUUCUUUAAACCCAACUAAUGGUGAACUGCCCAGCGUUCUGUCUUAUAUUCCUCGGGAUAGGUGUUCUCCCAGACAGAGACCCAGCUAACCCUACUUCUCAUGUUCACCUGGGACUCUAUAAAAGAAUUACUAACACCAACUAACAGUUCCAGCCGGCUGGUGCUCAGCUCCGCUCAGUUCUCACGGGACUUGCACAGCAAAAAAACAGGAAGCGAUUCUGUGGUCAUUUGGAAAUAUUGACUAUAAUUGAGGAGCUAAAAGCUCUGUGUUUAUGAUGAUGAAGACUACGAUAGCCAGUAUGAAGCUGUGUGGCCAUCCUGUCUCUCAUGCGCACACACAUACUGUCCUCCAUGAUUUGAGUAUUAUUGUCAAUUUGCAGGACUACCAGUUAAGUUCCCCUAUUCUUACUGUAUCUUUCACCCUAUAUGUGUCUCUUAAAGCCCCAAAUAGCUAUUGGCAGAUUUUCUCUUAAUGGUGAUUCCAAAAGAAAUGAUUCAGGUUCACUUCCAAGGAUAAAAAUUAUAUCACAUGAAUAUUCUCCACACAUCUCUCUCCAGCUGAACAGUGUCUAACUUUUUGAUCAAAUCAUGACAACCCAAAUGAACCAGCUAUAAUUUCUCACAUUACAAAUAGAGAAUAUUUGGUAUUAUAAAGAAUUUACAUAUAUAUUUCUAUGUAGGUAUAUUAUUGACAUUUAAGUGAAAUUAUGACAAAGUAUAAAUUGUAUGUACUACAAUAGUGUAGUAGUAUAUACAGCAAUUUAAUGUUAAUGUCAAAUUUAAGAAUGAGACAAUCGCUCAAUCAUGAAAUUUAGAAAAGAGCAAUUUAAAAAAGGUUGGACUAAAGAAAGAAAAAGUUUAGUAUAUAUACGGGAUGUUCUGUAUGUUUCUGUAUGUAGACCGACUAAGAGCAGUGUUUCGCUCCUGUAUGGACAGAGAGUGGCCCUUUCCAAGCCCCAUGUUGAGAUGGGAAAAGCAAGAUAGGCUACAUAGUUUUAGUUUCAGGUCCUGAACAGGUAGACUGGCUGGGUGAACAGCUAAUAACCUCCGCCUACUUUGUCGAGUAUGUGUUUGGUGGAAGCAGUCAUGGCAGAAAGCCUUCUGUGAUAUUGUUUAAGUCUGCUCAUGAGGAUGUAGGCUCUUUGACUCUACGAAAGCUUGUCGUGAGCCUGAGUGGUUGGUAAAUACAAUAACACUCAGAAACCCAAUCAGCGUUUUAUGUUGGAUUACAGACUUGAAGUUAUGAUACAGAAUUAAGGCUUCUGCCACAGAUACACCUCUUACCAACUUCCCAGCCAGCCACUCAGCCAGUCUUCAAUGAAAUGAAUAACUAGCUGAAAGAAUCCCAGUCAUGAUGUGAAUGAAGUAAAAUAAUAUAAUGUUGAGCGAUGUUAUAUGUCAGGGAGUUCAGUUUUGAAAAUUAUAUAAUGUUCACUCAAUUGAUAUCUUUGUUGUUGCCCUGUCUGAAGUACUGUAUAUGUCCCACUUUCUUUAUCUCCAUACCCCUCCAUUUUGCUCUAAUGUACAUUCACACAAGAACCUAUUGGAAUGUCUUUUUUUUGAAGCAUCUCCAUGAUAGUUUUUUGUGGUUUAAAUUUAUUUAUCCAUUUGCUUUGUUUGUUUGUUUGUUUGUUUAAGGGAGGGUGUAUCUGUUAGUCGGUUGAUUUUGAUUUUUAAUAUUCAUUUUGAUUUGUCUGGGUUUUUUUUGUUAAAUUUUGGUUCUAGGGGCCAAACAGUACUAAGGUAUGUGGCCUGUGGCUAAAACCAGUUCAGCCAAGUGAAAUCAGGGACUUGUAGCUCUUUUGGUCACACAAACUACUGUUGUGUAUAUACUGGACUGGAGUGGGUCUGUAAACCGGAAGCAUUCAGACUCCCGUCCUUUUCCCCCGUUCAGAUAAAUUAAAGUAAAAAUUCACCGCCCUAAACAUACUAGAUCCAUCAUCGCUACCUUUGUCAGUGUUGUUUAUAGAUUAAGUCUUGUACAUAAACACAGUUUUGUAUGAAGAGCUAUUUUCGUCAGAAUAAAUCAGGGGACACAUCAGGGUUGAAUGCCCCAAUUUCAAAAUUGAAAUAGUAUCAAAAAUAAAAUAUUUUACUUCUGAAAUGGGCAAAAAACAUUUUCUUUCCCUUUAUGUUUUUGAUACUAAUUUGUUGAAUUUUUAUUCUUUUUUAAAGGUCUUUUGAUGUUGUCAUUUGUCCUAUUUACUUUUUUAUUAUCAUUAUUUUGUAUUUUGUUCAUCCUAAAAAAAUCAUUGCAUGCUUGCUAAAAGGGAAAAAUUGAAGGAAAAAAUGUAUGAAAAUCAAAAACAAACAAAAAAAAUGUUGAGGGUAUCCCAAACAUUUGUUUGAGUUGCUUGUUAUAGCAAUUGCUUGUGUUCAAAAGUACAUUUUCUAUGAAAAGAAAGCAAAAACUAAAAAGAUCAUUCUAACACCUUGUGCAAUAAAGCUAUCUUUCAUACGUCA